GACAUUUAUUUACAAACCUACACAUAAUAUUCACUAACACACACACUUUCACUCACACACACACACAUUCACUCACUAUCUUCCCACAAACACUGUUUCAUUCAUUUGGAACAUAUUUAAAUACAUUUUACAGUUUGUAUUUUCUCUGUUGCUUUGAUCUAGAUAACCGGUUUUUUCUCCCCCAGUUUUCUUCUGUUUUUCUCUCUGUCCACCAGGAUGCCACGCAAGGGACGACGCUCUGAGGCCGCCAAGAAGAGAUGGAGGACCCUGGACCAGGAGGACCUGCAGAGCAGCCAGCCGGACGUCGCCAAGCCCAGGACAUCCCCACCCACCGCGCAGGCUUGGACCCCCACCCAGUCUCCGGAGAAGAAGAUGUCCCGACUGCUGGAGUCCCCGGGCCAGGUGGUUUGCCAGGAGGAGCCCCGUAGGCCAUUGACCUCUCUUGUGUCACGCCGUGGGACGGGGCGUCGCCAUCGUGUCGUGAAGUGGCCGUUUUCCCCUGUGACUUACCGUAGUCACAAGUUGGUCCUGCCAGCCGCGGUCCCGGAGAAGAGGUUUGUUCUUUUGGUUGGUGACUCCCAUCUGCGUGCUUACGUUGAUGAGUUUGUCUCCAUGCCAGAGGGCAACCUCUCCUUUGGGUUUCUUGCAACCCCCGGGGCCUCGGCGGACGAGUUGAGGCGUGAGGUGCUGGGAGCAGUUCUGCCUCGGACCCCCGAGGUAGUCUGUCUUCUGGCACCCGGCAACAACUUGGAAGCCAGAAGGACCGUGCAGCAGUCGGGCGCGGACUUCGAGGGGCUGCUGCUCGCCGUCGGCAACCUCUGCCCUAACGUGGUUGUUGUGGACUUUCCUCCACGUCUAACCGUGGAGGAAGACCACCAACAGCUGCUCCGGCAGGAGUACCACCGUGUGGCUGCUCGGAGAAAUGUUCGCUACCUCUCGGUAGUUGAACAUUUCCCGCGGAGCUGCUUGGACAUGUGGAGCAGGGAUGGCGUUCACCUGAGCGACCAUCCUGGGAUGGAGGUCCUUGCUCAGUUGCUGUGGGAUGCGUCCUACACGCAACUCGAGUUAAGUGCACCGACAUCUCCAGCUCCACCUCCUGCUCCUGUGACGCCUCCUUCCCCCGUGGUGAGACGUCCCCCCCCCAGGCUGGUUGUGGUCGGCGAGGUUCCAGCUCCGCGUCCUUCGGACCCUUUCGCUUGGACUGUUGUCCGUGGUGGCCAGAGGACGUCGCGCCAGGUCCAGAGGGGUGAUGGCUCUCCACACAUCACUGGGAGGAUGGUUGACCAACAGGGAGACCUGCUGGACUCCACCAUUCCCCCGAAUCCUGUGUGGUUCAGCCCAACGGUGCUGGAGGAGAUGGACCGGAUCGUUCCUGCGUCUGGCCGUGACGCUCCGUUACCGACGCGUGCUCCGAAGGGGAAGAAGAAAGCCAGUGUGAGACGUCGUCCACGACCCGAUCCCUCCAAGCCGAGACCGGAGGAGCUGCAGGUGGAGGGAGCUCCGACUGAGAGGACCAGGCCAGCCCGUCGCCAGCCCAGGAGAGCCGCCCCUACGUUGGAGGUUGACGCACCCGCCGAGUCCUCUCCCGCGCUGGAGGACCAUGUCAGGGAUGACAGCUGCCAGGUGGAGGGAGCUCCGACUGAGAGGUCCAGGCCAGCCCGUCGCCAGCCCAGGAGAGCCACCCCCACGUUGGAGGUUGACGCCCCCGCCAAGUCCUCUCCCGCGCCUCUGGAGGACCAUGUCAGGGAUGACAGCUGCCAGGCUUCUUCGUUGGAACCCUGUGCCAGCGGUCCGCCUGUCCACACUGUGAGGGCCACACAUUGCCAGGCUGACUACAGAUACGGUACAUUUUCCCGUAAUCACCAGUGUACCUGUAUGGCUCUGACAUUUUUAGCGUACCACAGUGAGGGGUUGCAGUGUGACACAGUGUUACUUGACAGAGUACUUGAGCAAGGAGAUGCACUUUAUGUUGGCAUUAAACAGCAGCUCAUGUUGGACGGUAGAUUUGUUGAUAAUCACUUGACGGUUGAAGAGAUGCCCCAACAAGUACUGACAGACGGGAACAUCUACUCUGUGCACACAACGGGUGUCAGAGUUGGUCGUGUUUUGUGUCAGAGUGAUAGCCCUCAAAGGUCACGGCCAAUGGGAUUUCCUCUUGCCUCACAACUAGAGUGCCUGUCUGAAAAUGUCACCCAUGCUUUUCUUUUGGUGACUCCAGAGUGCAUUGCAGUUUUCCGGGACAGAUACGGUAGGUUUGGAGUUUUUGAUUCUCACUCCAGAAACUCAGCAGGCCUGCCCCAUCCUAACGGAACUGCAGUGGUCAUGACCUUUAGCAACCUAACGCUCAUGGUUGCACAUCUGUACAAACUCUUUCAGAACCGUGGCCCCCAUGCCACGUAUGAGUUUGUACCAGUAUCGUUUGUCAGCGACGACAUUGGUGAUGCCCCUCCUCCGGCCUUGAGCAAUCUGAAUAUUUCACCUGGAUCCACACAAGCAAGCCCAGGUGCUAAGAAAUCAGAGAGCGCUUCUGAUGAAGAGGAUGAAGAGGAAAUGCCAGCUUGGCUUGUUGAAGUUGGCCACAUAUUAGAGGAAACCGUCCCAACAGUGCCAGAUGUGUCCAAAAUGCCGAAAGCCAGGAGGAAAAAAGUAAAAGACAGGGUCAAAGCACAGCUGGGACAGGAUGUAGUUAGAAAAAUGAAACAAAGAACAUCUGAGAAAGAAAAAUAUGAUACAUCGCCUACAUAUAAGGUAAAAAAACUACGGGCAAUGAAACAAGCAUAUCUUCUUCAACAUGCAGAGAGGAAGAUCCAGUUAACUGCUAGAUACAAGCGUGAUGUUGCUUACCGAAGGAGACUAAUGGAAUAUGUGAAGGAAAGAUACAGCAACGAUCCCAACUACAAAGCCAGACAGAAAGCAUUUAUGAAGAAGUAUAUAAAGGAAAGGUACAGCAACGAUCCAAUCUACAGAGGCCGAAAAAUGAAAUAUGUAAAGGAAAGAUACAGCAACGAUCCCAACUUCACAGCCAGACAAAAAACAUUUAUGAAGAACUAUAUAAAGGAAAGGUACAGCAACGAUCCCAACUUCACAGCCAGACAAAAAACAUUUAUGAAGAACUAUAUAAAGGAAAGGUACAGCAACGAACCCAACUUCACAGCCAGACAAAAAACAUUUAUGAAGAACUAUAUAAAGGAAAGGUACAGCAACGAACCCAACUUCACAGCCAGACAAAAAACAUUUAUGAAGAACUAUAUAAAGGAAAGGUACAGCAACGAUCCCAACUUCACAGCCAGACAGAAAAGACUUAUGAGGAUGUAUAUGAAGAAAAUGUACAGCAAGUUACAGUUCCGGGUGCAACAUAAUAAAAAAUGUGCUGUCAAUAGGAGACUAAGGCUAUCAAAGAAGACACUUUCUCAAAAUACAAUGCUGCAGUGUGCAAUGAGAAUCAGGCGAAAAUACAGAAGGACUUUAGGCUUUCUCCAAGGAACUCCACAGCCUCUGAUCAGCAACGAAAUGAAAGCUGCAAUUAUGAAAUUUCAAGAGAAAAUUCAACUUGGACCCACACAUGUCUGCACGGUUUGUCACAGAGCUCUUUUCCCGAGUCAAGUCAAGCAUUGUAACAGAGCCAAAUAUACCAAGAACAUUCGUGUGGAGGCCGAAUGCCUGACAGGUACGUAUGUUCACAUGUGUGACUCUGCAUGCUCCGCCCCGUGUUCUGUACCCAAAAAGAGGACUCAGGAGUGGAUCUGCUACACAUGUGACAGCUACGUAACCAGAGGAAAGAUGCCAUCAAUCGCUGCUGCCAAUCACCUGGACCUGGCACCGAUUCCCACAGAGCUUUCCCUAUUGAAUGUACUUGAGAGGCAAUUGAUUGCAAAAAUACUGCCUUUUGCCAAGAUUGUUUCAUUGCCCAAAGGACAGCAGAGAGCAAUUCAUGGAGCUGUUGUUUGUGUACCUUCGGAAAUGGAAACAAUCGUGAACUGUCUUCCCAGGCCCAGCACAGAAGCACAGCUUUUACAGGUUAAGCUGAAGAGGAAAAUUAAAUACAAAGGAUACCAAUACUUUUACACAGUAAACAUGGAAAAUGUUUUGGCUGCACUCAGAAAGCUUAAAGAGACCCACCCGGAUUACAAGGAUGUAAAUAUAAAUGAAAGUGCAACAUUUGAGGAUUUCCAGGAGGACCAACCUGUUGAGGAAUCACAAACCCAAGCAGAGGAUGCAGUCACAGACCAACCUGACCACAUAGGGGAAGAACAUCAGGCUCUUCGACCGGGUCUGAUCUUGGACACUUGUAUGCAGCCACCUGACAUAGCACAGGAAGUGCUCUCCUAUGGAGAUGGAAUUUUUAGUGUCGCUCCCGCCCAAGGAAACAAACCCGUUGGCUUCUUUACUGUUCCAAGGCUGGAAGCCAAGGCUUUUCCUGUGCAAUUCCCCACUGGCCAAAACACGUUAGACGAAGCCAGACGAGUUAUACUGUCACCAAGUAUGUAUUUCAAUGUCAGGCUUUUCUCUGUAGACACUCGAUUUGCCAAAGACCAGAGUUAUCUUUUCUUUGCUCAGUUUGCUACCGAGACUCAUAUGGCCAACAACAGCAUGUCAAUUCAGUCAAGAAAAGGCAAAGCCAGGAGCAAAGAAGGACAAAACAUUUCCAGCAAGAUGCUACAAGACAAAGAAGAGUUAGAAAAACUAAUCCAAAAUAAAGAGGCCACUCGUUUUAUGCAACCCCUAAGAGGAACUCCAGCUUAUUGGGAGAAAGGUUUGCGCGAUUUGCACGCCAUGGUGAGGCAGCUGGGAAAGCCAACCUUCUUUUGUACCUUCUCUGCUGCUGAAAUGAGAUGGCCGGAAGUCAUUGAGGCCAUCAAAGCUCAACACGGAGAGCAAGUCAACUUUUCAGAGCUCGACUGGAACACCAAGUGUGACAUUCUUAGGAGCAACCCUGUUACUGUGAUGAGAAUGUUCUCCAAGAGGGUGGAUGCUCUCUUCACAGAUCUCAUUUUGUCCCCUGCGCAGCCCAUCGGACCAGUUGAGGAUUACUUUUAUCGUGUGGAAUUUCAAGCAAGGGGUUCCCCGCAUAUACAUUCUGUGAUAUGGAUUAAGGAUGCACCUGAGAUGGAGGACCCCUCAUGUUGUGACCAAGUCAUCAAUUUCAUCGACCGUUACAUAUCCUGUCAGUUGCCCGAUGAAACCACAGACCCUGAGCUCCACAAAAUUGUAACGGAGGUUCAAAUGCACAGCAAAAAGCAUUCCAAAUCAUGCAAGAAAGGAAAUGUGCAAUGCAGAUUUGGAUUUCCCAAACUACCCAUGGACCGCACCAGAAUCACAGCCCCUCUCUUAUUCGACUUUGAAAAUGAUUGUGAUGAAAAAACUAAGCAAUCCAGACAAAAGGAUGGCCAGAAGAAGUCCAGAAAAUCGAAGCCAAUAAUCAUCUCAAACCAACAAAGAGAAGCAAAGAGGAAGCUGAAAUCAAUAAGGGAUUUGCUCAUGGAUCAAAAAUCUUCUUUCAAGGAUUUGCCAGAAUUACUCCAGGCUUGUAAGAUGACCAAAGAAGAAUACAACCACUAUGUGGAUGCUCUGACUUCUGGAAUGGUAGUGAUGAUGAAGCGUGAUCCCAAAGACAGCUGGGUGAAUGGAUACAACCCGGAUCUCUUGCGUGCUUGGAAUGCUAACAUGGACAUUCAGUAUGUGAUCGAUGAGUACAGCUGUAUUGAGUACAUGAUGUCCUACAUAGCCAAGCCAGAGCAUGAAAUGGCGCAGUUCCUCAAAUCCGUUGUCGAGGAUCUAAAGAAGUCCGAUGUCAACCAACGGGACGAGAUGAAAAAGAUCAUGCAGGCCUAUUCAAAACAGAGAGAAGUUAGCGCACAAGAGUCAGUAGCCCGUACAUGUAGUCUAUCCCUUAAAAAGUCAUCACGCAGUGUCAUUUUUAUCCAAACUGAUGAAGACUGUGUGAAAAUGAGCCUUCCCAUGAGCAAACUGAUGAACAUGGCCCCAGAUGAAGAGAAUGUUUGGAUGACAGGAUUGCCUGAAAAAUAUCUCAACAGACCUGAAACGUUGGAAUUUCAACACAUGUGCCUGGCGGAAUUUGUGUCGGAAUACAGGGUCCUUUAUGGAAAACAAAUUGAAGGACCAAAUGCAAUCCCUCUCCUAAAUGAUGCCGGAUACAUCCAGAAGAGAACAAUGGGCAAACCAGCAGUUAUCAGAUUUACCCGUUUCUCAGAGAAGAAAACACCAGAAAAGUUUUACAGACGGCUUCUGAAGUUGUACUUUCCACACAGAAGAGAUGAGGACCUGAAAAAUGAGGAACACACAACUUACAAAGCCUUUUACGACAAUGGACUCUGUGGUAGCUGGCAAGUUAAACAGUACGUUGAGUGGAACCGCAAAAGAUACGAAGGUGAAGGAAAGAAAAUCGACAAGAUAAUGGAAGAACUGACAAAGCAAGGACCGGUUCGCAAUGCUUGGAACACUUUUGCUCCUGAAGUUGAAUUGGACCGUUUGGAAUGCGUAGCGGAGCGACCCUCAAUCGAUGAAAGUGAAGAACAAGACCCUGUCCCAGAAUACCAAGUUGAUGUCAACAGUGGAGCCAUGCCAGCAAUCGAAAUACCCAAAUUGAGCCCUGAUUUUAUUAGACAAAUGUACCGUAGUUUAAAUGAGACUCAAGCGUCCAUGUUUUACGCCAUUCGCCAUUGGUGUCUGCAACGUGUCUGGGGUCAAAAUCCAGACCCGUUCUUUUAUUUUUUGACUGGAGGGGCGGGCUGUGGCAAGUCUCAUGUUAUCAAAUGUGUUUACCAGGAAGCAACCAAGCUCUUGCGCCAGCUUCCCAGAUUUCACGAUAUUGGUGACAUGUCUCAGCCCACGGUACUCCUCACAGCUUUUACUGGAACUGCAGCUUACAACAUCUCAGGCAAGACUUUACAUUCAGUUUUGAAGCUACCCAAAAGCUUAAAGCCACCAUACAAAGGACUUGGAAAUACACUGGAUGAAGUGAGAGCCGUUCUUUCCAAUGUAGAAAUCUUAAUCAUUGAUGAAAUCUCCAUGAUCUCCAAAGACUUGUUUUCAUAUGUCCACUGGAGAUUUCAACAAAUCAAGGGAAACACAAGACCAUUUGGAGGGAUUUCUGUUUUGGCUGUGGGAGAUUUCUACCAGCUGCCACCAGUGGGAGGAGCAAAACCUCUUUGUGUCACUGAGGCCGGCGUCCUUGAUAUCUGGAACGAAAAUUUCCACAUGGUCAGUCUGACGGAAAUCAUGCGACAGAAAGACGACAGAGCAUUUGCGGAGCUCCUGAACCGGAUUAGAGUUAAAGGGAAAGCAGAUUUACUCAGCGACGGCGACAGAUCUCUCUUAACGCAAACUAUUACCGACCCCAAAGAGUGUCCAAUGGACGUGCUGCAUGUUUUUGCGACCAACAAAGAGGUGGACGCUCACAAUGCAGCAGUUGUGGCUUCUUUAUCAACAGUAAUAGUUGAUGUUCAGGCAGAGGACUACAAGAGGGAUACAAAAACAGGAAACAUGACAAAUCUAGGUAGCCGCGUCAAAGCCAAGAAACGAGAUUUGCCUGACAAUCUACAAGUCGGAUUGGGAAUCAGAGUCAUGAUCAUAAGAAACCUGAACGUAGAGGAUGGUCUUGUCAAUGGAACCUUUGGCACUAUUGCAGAUAUCAUCACCAGGACUAAAGAUGGAAACAGAACCGUGAAAUUAAUAGGACUGAAACUGGAUAGUCCCACAGCUGGCCACACCAAAAAAAUCAAAGGGAAACCAGACAACUUUGUUUACAUCGAGAGAUUUGAGGAACAAACCAGCAUAAAAGGAGUUGUUCGACAUCAGUUUCCAAUCAAGUUGGCGUUUGGAUCUGAAUUCCCCACAGACGCAGCCAAAGAGACUGGCUGGGUGGUCCCAUUUAUGAUCCUCUGCCGCUCAGUCUCCAGGAUCUCCACCGUCAGUGGACUAGGGGAGUAG